UCAGCCGUUGUUGUGUCUGGUCUGGGUCUGGCGGCGGGCGGGUGUUCGCGUCCUCCGCCUUCCCCUCAGCCUCCACCCUCCAGCAGCAGCAUCCCCGCCAAGACCAAGACCAGCCGUGCGGGGCCGUCAGGGAGGCUAAAUCAAAAAGGGACAGGCAGUGCCGUUACAAAGGCAAGACUCCCGACCGACAACUCAACUCAACUCACCGCCCCUCCCAGCCUGGCCCGGUGAUGGGGUGCUGCUAGGCGGCCGCCACACCCUGCCGGACACCCUGCUGCAGGAGGCCGGGGCGGCGAUGCUCUCCGCGACGUCCAACCUGAGCUACAAACUUUGUUGUCCUACUAUUAAGAAGAUGGACGAUGAUCUCUUGCCAGAUGUUGUCGGUUUGGAUUUGAUAGAAGAUGGCCUCUACCUGGGGAACCUGACGGCAGCUGUCGACUUCCCGACACUGAGAAGCUACCGAGUGUCUCACAUCCUGACGGUGGACAACCAACCACUGCCCGCCAGCAUCACAUCCCUUCAAGGCAUGCACUUCAUGUACAUCAAUGUUGAUGACAUGUCCCAUGAAGACCUACUUAGUCACUUUGAGGAUGCUGUCAGUUUCAUAAAAGAUGGACAGGAGAAAGGAAAUGUUCUAGUGCAUUGCUAUUUUGGAGUUUCCAGAAGUGCUACACUUGUAACUUGCUUCCUCAUGAAAAAGUACAAACUCUCUCUGGAUGAAGCUCUGCAAAGAGUCAAAAGCAGAAGGUAUUGCAUAGGACCUAAUCCAGGAUUUCUUGAGCAGCUAGCACUGUACCAAACAAUGGGCUGGGACUUGAUCGAGGAUAAUAAACAGUAUCGGCUUUAUAAACUCCAAGUUGCUGCCAGAUCUGUGAAAAAAGGUGCUUCCCUUGGCUCCGACAACAGACUCCAGGAUAUCACACAUCCAGACCCUAACACUGCCUCGGAUUGUGGUCCUGUGGCUUACAAAUGCAGAAGUUGCAGGUUAUCUGUGAUCUGCCUUAAGUCUAUUAUUCCUCACUGCCCAAGUAAAACACCCAUGUGGACUGAUGCCAAGUGGACAGAGAAAGAGGCAGAGCUCACGCUCUGUGAUAAGGGAAUAUUCACCUUCCCAAUCAGCUGGAUGGGUGAUACUACCCAGACUUUACAGGGGAAACUCCUUUGUCCAAAAUGUCAGGCCAAGCUUGGAUCAUUUAGCUGGUGUAAAGGUUUGUUAAUGGUGUUAUGUAAUUUGCUUCAUAGAUUUUUGGUUUCCACAUGGACUAAAGUUUUGCAUUUACAUAUUUUGCAAGAUUUAAGCUUUUUCUGCAAGAUGGCAUAUGCAUAUGAAUUUUCAUUGCAUGCAUUGUUCAUCUUUGCAUUAUGCCUCCACAAGGCAAGAAUGCUUUUGCAUAAAAGUCCUUUAAGCCAUUUUUCACUAGUCCAAAAUCCCAAUAGUCAAGAGUUUUAAAGGUAUGAUAUUACCAUACAAAAGUUGUCUAAAUUUUUUUAUGGCAUAAAAUAAUCCAUUUUCAUCUCAGUGACCAGCACUCUGUUGCUGUUAAUGUGUGAUUGACUUGCCAUUCUCACGGGAAGAGUUGAGGCAAGCAGAAUUUCCUGGAAGCAUCAGAGAUAGGACGCAGCAGCUUUUUAUUUUGUGUGUGUGUGCAUGUGCGUGCAUUUGUGAGGCACCAUUGGGGUGUAGUGUUGCCAUCAACAACCAGGCUAGCAGGGGACUCACUGAUGAAGGUUUAGGCAAGUAGUGUCAUGAUCAGGUGAACCCAGCAGGCUUUGAGUUGAUGAGAUUAACCUAAUUUUUAGAUGGGGUUCAUGAGCUUAACUUAAUUUUCAUAUGAUGGGUCUUGCACUUAUUGUGCUGCUAAGAUUUCCUUCCUUACUUGGGCUCUCACUGAUUCCUUAUUAUUUUCAGGUUGCCAGUGUUCGUGUGCAGCAAAGAUUGCUCCAGCAUUUUAUUUCAUUCCAUCAAAGCUUGACAGGUGUAUGCUUUAAUAACGUUUAUAAUGUUUCAAGGAAACUUUCUUUUGUUCCUUUAUGUUUGCUUCUCUGCUUUUCCACAGGUAAAUGUUAAGACCACUUAUUGUUUUUAUUGCAAAUAUGGAGGUGAAAUAUUAUGUUUGGUAAAUACACAACUUUACUAGGA